AUGGCUUCUGAUUCGAGCCAAUCUUCUCCGGCAACAUCCAACCCAUUACGAGGAUUGUUGGGAUCGUUAAAUCGACGCAGGAACAAUAGGUCCGAAUCAGGGCCAGAAAAUCAAACUGGGCUUUCCAGUCCUAAUCCUGAUACAACUGAAGAUUCACCCUGUAACUCGCCCGAAGACCAAUCACCUAGUUCGCCAUCUUCUGCAAAGCCAUUGACGUCAACCCAUCUAAUCUUAUCAUCCGUCCAGUCCGAAUCAGGGCCAGAAAAUCAAACUGGGCUUUCUAGUCCUAAUCCCGAUACAACUGAAGAUUCACCCUGUAACUCGCCCGAAGACCAAUCACCUAGUUCGCCAUCUUCUGCAAAGCCAUUGACGUCAACCCAUCUAAUCUUAUCAUCCGUCCAGUCCGAAUCAGGGCCAGAAAAUCAAACUGGGCUUUCUAGUCCUAAUCCUGGUGAGCAUCUUUCUUCGCAGACAAGCGGAUACCUGUAG